AUUAUAAUAGAACUUUGACUACUAUUGGAGAUGCAGAUGACAAUGUUAUGCUGGUAUUGUGUGGUGGUAAUAGUUGCUGGUUUCAAUCAGGUGAGAGAGCUGGAGAAUGAGCUAGAGUCAGUGCAGAAACACAUCUCAGAUGCUGUCAAAGGCAUACGCAAGUAUGAGUGCAGAAUCAAGGAGCUCACCUAUCAGUCUGCGGAAGAUAAAAAUAACAUCAUUAGACUUCAAGAACUGGUGGACAAGUUACAGCUGAAGGUUAAAGCCUACAAGAGACAGGUGGUGGAGGCUGAGGAGCAUGCCAAUACCCACCUGACCAAGUUCAGGAAGGUGCAGCAUGAGUUGAAGGAGGCUGAAGAGCGUGCUGACAUUGCUGAGACCCAGGUCAACAAGAUGCGGGUCAAGAGUCGUGACAUGGGCAAGGGAAAAGUCAGUGAAGAGUAGCAGAUGGCUGGCAUUCUGAAGAAAACGUGGGAAAUGCCUGCAACAUUAAGCAACAUACUCUUAACCAACUUCCAAAUACCUCAUUUGUUUAGUCUAAUGGAUAUUGAUGAGAACUGUAAG